AUGGAUUUUGCCAAAUCAUUAAAGAAAACCAAUUCAAGACUCCUUUCUUAUGAAAGUAUAUUCUAUAAAAUAAUUUAGUUCUCCAUUUUUGUUUGACAAUUGAAAAAUUAGCCAUAGCGAUUGGCAAAUUUAGAGAAAAAAAAGACAUAAUAAGUUAGUUUUAAAUCAAUCAAACUAUCUACUUCAGCAAAAGAAAUUUAGGAAUUCUCUGUGUUCAUUGUUAUUUAUUUUUUAUGACUAUUUAAUCAAUAAUUCCUGAAAAAUUGAUAAAAUGUAUUUAAUUCUUUAUACUUCUAGUUUCUGACUUUGUCUCUCUUUAUUUUACUAAUCAAGUAUAUUCGCCCCAUGUAUGA